UUACCCGAUGAAGCCAUAUAGCGCGUAUGUAUAUAAGAUUAAACCGGAAAGAUUCAAACUGGUAACAAAUUUUUCUAUUUAUUUAUACGAUGCGAACAAAUUAUGCAGCCCAGCGUGUCUCGUCCCCGCGUCUGCUACAUAAGUAGAUGGCUUAUCGAUCGCUGCUCAUUUCGAUUGUGACAAGUCGUCGACGAGCAUCACUUGUCGUCACUGAGAAACAUUGGUACGCUUUCCGCCUACACAUCUCGUUAAAAGUGUCGCAAUGUCUUCGCUACAGUAUGGCAUACGUUGCUUUGCGACGUGUUGCAUUGUGUUCACUCUUUCCAAGAUCAUUGACGCCCAAAUGUUGAAGUCGAAACCGUGGAAAAUACCGCUCAAGUCAGUGAAACAUUUCAUAGUUCGUAAGACACCGGAUGAAUUGUUCCCACAGCCCUUGCAUCUGAAGCCCGAGCUACCGAAUGCUAAGGAUUUCAAUCUACGAAAGCUUCGAAAACUCAUCCAGAAAUUUGAACCACGAUUUAUGUCGAUUUCAAGACCGAAGUCAAACAGGACGCGAACUCCUUCUCUUUCCAGACGAAAAAUCUUCGCCGUGAUGCCGAAUGAUUUGAAGAAUCUUCAGUUUACCGUUCCAGGUUCUGAUCGCGAGCUUGGGGAACGUGCAAGCAAGAAACUCCGGCUUUGGCUGUGGAAUAGGACAAGGUGCACAGUUUUGCCAUUAUGGAAGGAUUUCGGACCGCGUGUUUGGCCUCGUUACGUGAAUUUGGGUCAAUGCGACAGAAAAAAGACUUGCUCCUACCCCGAAGGUAUGUCAUGCAAACCAUCGAAAUACAAAAGGAUCCAUACGCUUUACUGGGUGUGCAGUAAGACGAAUAUUCUCAGGGGAAAGUCAAGAUGUAUAUGGGUACGCUUUCCGUCAGACGUCAUAGUGAAGUGUCAAUGUUCGUGUUAAAUGGAUAACACUAAGCUCAAACUGGCCAAAACACGCCACACGCAGGGGCCUCUGAGUUACACGAUACGACAAAAAUUGAUACCUUUACGAACUGUAUUUGGCAUUCGAUUUCUAAUUAGAAUACUGUCGGGAAUUCGAAUCAAGCAUUUGUGACAUUCGAUUGACGAUUAAGAGAACGAAAACGUUCGUGAAUUGAUAUUAGAACAAUUUGUCAUCGGAAUACAGUUUGCAUUCGAUUAUAUCGACAUUGCUCUCCGUAGGAGAUUCUGCGUGAGUGGAAUUGUAAAGACAAUUUGCGUAUUUUUCAUAUUUACGGACGAAAAUGCACGCAUGUUUGACUUUACAUGACAAAUAUAGAUUGUAUCAUAUUAUUUUCCUAAGGGUAUAUACGACAGAAAUAGAACAUUAUUUAAAUUGUUGUAAAGUUUUCUACAGUGAUAAUUUCACGCUUAACAAAAUCUUUUCUAUAUAACAAAAGACGAAAUACAAUAGCAACAGGA